AGUCUCUAUAAGACAUUUCUCUCUUGGUGUCCAUUUUAAAUAUCGUGUUCCAAGUUACAGUGGUUACAGUGUCAUUUCAGACAGGAGAUCAAGCUGCUCAGCCUGCUUUUGAAUAACUCAGCAAAUCAUCCAGGAUUUGACCCGGCAAUAUGGGCGACUUUGGGUUCCUGUCCAAGCUGCUGGACAAGGUGGCAAUGCACUCCACCGUGGUGGGGAAGGUGUGGAUGAGCGUCCUCUUCCUCUUCCGCAUCAUGGUGCUGGGUGCCGGUGUGGAGAGCGUGUGGGGUGAUGAGCAGUCAAACCUGGUGUGUGACACCACGCGCAGGGGGUGCGAAAACGUCUGCUACGACUGGCAGUUCCCCAUCUCGCACGUGCGCUUCUGGGUGCUGCAGAUCAUCUUCGUGUCCACUCCCACGCUCCUCUACCUUGGCCACGCUGUGCACGUCAUCCACAGGGAGAAGAAGCUCCAUGAGCAGGCCAAGAAUGCCACCAGUGAUUGCACACUACUCAAGCGACCCAAGUACACUGACGAGCGGGGCCGCGUUCAGAUCAGGGGCGUACUCCUGCGCAGCUACCUGGCCCAGCUCUUCUUCAAAAUCCUCCUGGAGACUGCCUUCAUCGUGGGCCAGUACUACCUCUACGGCUUCUACAUGACAGCCAAAUUUACGUGCGAGCGCUACCCGUGCGCGCUUAAGACGGAGUGCUUCAUGUCGCGGCCCAUGGAGAAGACCAUCUUCAUCAUCUUCCAGCUGGUGGUGGCCUGCGUUUCCCUGUUCCUCACCAUCCUGGAGGGGUUCUACCUCCUCUGCAGACAGCUGAAGAGGAGAGAUCGCGCUAGGAACCAGCCCGACACCAGCUUUCCAAUGACCUAUCAGCAACGCAUUGACAUGGUGGACGCCCUGAAACAGAACAAAGCCAACAUGUCCUACGAUGGGGAAAAGCCCCUUUGAUUGAUGUCAAACAGACUGCAGGUACAGUAGGUUUCUUUCAAAACAGUAGCAUGAAAUGGCAGCAAGUGCUCCUCAGAAAACUCUUCUUCAUCAUCUCUGCAGGAUCAUGUUUUUCAGAGACAGGUUCUGGUACUGACACACAUUUAAAGAUGUAAUUAUCCAAAAAUGCGACACACCUCUUACUGCACUGUCACUGGUUCAUUUUGUGUUACUUGGUACACUUUAUUAGGUACACGCUUUAGAGAAAAGUUUUUAUUGCUGUCACAAGAAUAUUUUUUCAUUGGUUUGUUAUAGAUUGUGUGUCUUAAACCGCAUACUUCCAUCAGUCAGUAUGCUAGUGUGCACUGAGUGCUUACCUGUGUUGUGCCCACUUUUCGAUGGUUAGUAUUGUCCCAAUAUCUGCACUACAUACUUAAACUAAGUAUUUGAAGUGUGCAAAGUAGGCGGUUUCAGACAGUCUGACUAGGCAAAGAUAAGAAACAUAACUUAAGACAUACUUUUUUCUUUCUCAAGGAAACUUGACUGUCACAACAGCACCAUCCUGUGCAUGGAAAUAAACACACCCAUGAAAGUAAAAUAAGUUAAAAAAAAAAAAAAAAAGUAAAUGGGUAAAUACAUAAAUACAAAUAAAACAGAAAUUUCCACCCUACUGACGGAGCUGGAUUUCUCAAGUAAGCCUGGUCAGUCAUUAGGCAUCCCUCACUUUCAUGCCACAUCCCCAACACUGCACUGCAUGAAAAAAUGCACUAGACACUACAGACUCAUAGACCAUCUGCCACAUCUUGUUGCAUUUGUACUGCUACAUGUCUAUUUGUUAAAUGUACAGAGAGUUCCACAUCUACCACAGUCAAAUUCCUUGUAUAUGUAAGUAUACUUGGCCAAUAAAAAAUUAUUCUGAUUCUGA